GAAGAAGAAAAAAGAAGAAAAUAAUGGCAUAGCUUAUAAUAACCAUAUCCUUCUCGAUUAUACUUAUUGAACUUCCUAGUAGUAAGCGUCAGCGGCGUCCUGUUCUCAUGGCGUCUGAAUUAGUUCCAAGUCACCAAGAAAUAAGCGGCUCUACAACGCGGUUUGGGCCAUUACUAUGCGACUACUGCCAGAAGAUUUUCUCUCUUUUAGAAUCGCAGGAAGCAGAGCAACUGAAGUGCGACUAUCACCCCACGGUAUGCAGUCUGCGCGAUGCGGCCGAAUCCGGCUGCCGUAUUUGCCUCAUUUAUUAUGAUAAAUGGCAGCGCAACGACUUUGGUGAGCUUUGGGGGAGACGUAUGAUUGAAGUUUCCCGACAGCGCCACUCCGUGAUCUUGCUUGAGUUAUAUUCUUUCGAAGAGCGAUCAGCACUUGUUCAAUGGGGAGGGACGUUUCAUAUAAUAGCGGGAGCUCCGCACAAUCAUUUGGCUUAUCCAGGUUCAUCACGGCGAGAGAAGGUACGCAAGGAAUUAGUAGGAUAUCGCGAGCAACAUUAUUCGCCGCCAAAUUCAACAGACAGUCUCCAGGCGUGGGAAUUAUGUCGCUCGUGGAUAGAAAUUUGCAUUAAAAAUCACAAAGACUGCAGAAAACUUUGCCCUAGCGGCGAGUGGUGGCCGACGAGGCUCCUAUACGUAGGGAAUCUCAGCGACGACACUCUCGGCGAUAACAAUUCUAGCCUUAUCGAUGUCGAACUCCACGAAACGCGGAUAAAAAAGCCUAAAGGGUCGUACAUGACGCUCAGCCACUGUUGGGGAGAUCCUAACAAAAUCCCGAAGCUUACGAUGGAGACAUAUGAACAUCGAAUAAAGAACGGCAUCUCGUUUAGAGACCUUCCCAAGACGUUUCAGGAUGCUAUCCGCCUAUGUCGCUUCCUUCGCAGCGAAUACCUCUGGAUUGAUUCAUUGUGUAUUAUUCAACAUUCUAAGGAAGACUGGGAACGAGAAAGCGUGACCAUGGCCGACGUGUACCGCUAUUCGAGAUGCAAUAUUGCCGCAACGGCAUCUAGGGGGCCGAGCGAAGGCUGCUUUCACCCUCGAGAUCCCAGACUAGUUUCACCCUUGGAAAUAACACUAGAUACAAAAGAAGGCAAAGAGAAAUAUCUCUUCUUGGAUAAUGAUAUGUGGAAUAGCGACGUUGAAGAAGCACCACUGAACAAGCGAGCUUGGGUCCAACAAGAACGUCUAUUAGCACCACGACAAAUCCACUGUGGACGUCAACAGCUCUUCUGGGAAUGUCCCGAGACUUCUAAGUGCGAAACCUACCCUUUCAUACUCGACUUUGAGGUCGAGUUCAUGCCGCAAUACCAGGAUUUUACCGUGAAGCCUCCAAGCUUAAGCCCCACGUUUCUGGAGUUGAGCAGAUUAGGGUCUUCCGAAGCAAGACAUAACGAGUCGCCAAAUUGCCGUUUUUGCUACAAGCAUACACAUCGAGAUAUUCAUUACGGCGAGUACGCGGUGGAGGAUAUGUCCCGCAUCGAGGAGAUAUAUGCAAGUCUUGAAAGAGCUACUCGGGAUGAGUUGGUUGCACAUAUGAGGCGUCAUAUUUACCAAGACUGGACGAACAUAGUAGAACAUUAUUCAAAGUGUGCAUUAUCAGUUAAAACUGAUAAGCUCGUGGCAAUCUCUGCGAUUUCGUCCCGAAUUUGGGAUACACUAGAAGGCACCGACGAAUAUGUCGCAGGCAUGUGGCGUUCUCAACUAUUAUCUCAUCUUCUAUGGAGGCCAGUAAGCGGGAAGUCCAUAGAUGAAUCAUCGUAUAAAACUGGCCCUUCAUGGAGCUGGGCUAGUUCCGAUGCGGAGAUUUCCUUCCGGGUUUUCGGAAUUGGUUGGGAAUCUGAAUACGCUUCGAUGAUAGACGUACUCAGCAUGUACGAUGGGCAUACGAUUAACGGCACAAAUGAACCUACCCUGGAAUCACCCAUAGAGCUACGAUGUUACCUCUAUCAAACGAGACCUCUCAAAGAAACCAACGAAGGGUACGCCGAGUUUUAUAUAACAGCGGGGAAGGAGGAGGUUGAGUUGACUGUGACUGAGGAUAGUAAAGCAUGCACCAAAUAUUGGGAUCAUGCGUUCGCGAUACCAAUUAGAAUCAGCGACACAGUGGAAGGCAUAAUUGUGAAACCAUGUGAAGGAAGGCCGGGGUAUUAUAGGCGCAUCGCUUGCUGGCUUAAGAUGUUGGGGCGUGAACGGCUGGUGGAAUAUAUGGGCUCGAGACCGGAUGAAGAACGAGUAACAAUAACACUGAUUUAGUUCCAAUGUACAUAUGUACCUAGGACAUCUAUAAGUCGUAUUGAGAAAUAUAAAUUUAUAAAAGUCG